UUCCUCUCAGAAGGAACCAGAAGUCAGCCUUUCAACGCAUUUGGAGAUUGCUAAAGGAUUGGAUGCAAGCAUUCACUUUCCCAACAUGGAGAAGCUGGAGAGAAUUCACCCAAACAGGCAAGCGAUUCCUUUCCUUUUUAUGCUGGUUUUGGUUCAGGUUUGCAGUGAGCCAACAACUCGAUACUCUAUCCUGGAGGAAACAGAAAGUGGGUCCUUUGUAGCCCAUCUGGCCAAGGAUCUGGGCCUGAGUUCUGGGGACCUGAGUGCCCGGUCUGCACGGGUGGUGUCUGAUGAUUACAAGCAGCGACUGCUGCUGGAUCCCGUGACUGGGGAUCUGCUUCUGAGGGAGAAACUAGACCGGGAAGAGCUGUGUGCCUCUGUGGAUCCCUGUGUGCUGCAUUUCCAGGUGUCCCUUGAAAAGCCAGUGCAAUAUUUUCAAGGAGAAUUAUUGAUCCAGGACAUAAAUGACCACUCACCAGAAUUCCCAGAAAGGGAAAUGCUCUUGAAAAUACCAGAAAACAGCCAGCCAGGCACUCUGUUACCACUGAAUUUAGCCCAGGACUUGGACGUGGGCAGCAAUGGGUUACAACAAUACACAGUCAGCCCCAACUCACAUUUUCAUGUCCUCACUCGAAAUAACAGUAAAGGCAAGAAAUACCCAGAGUUGGUGCAGGACAGAGCCCUGGACAGAGAGGAACAGGCAGAGCUGAGCUUGACCCUCACAGCUCUGGAUGGUGGCUCUCCACCUAGGUCAGGAACAGCCAUGGUUCGAAUCCUAAUCCUGGACAUCAAUGACAAUGCCCCCAAAUUUGUGAACAUCCCCUAUGAGGUGCAGGUCCUGGAGAGCAGUCCCCCAGGCUCCCCAGUCCUGACUGUCCUAGCACAGGAUGCAGAUGCUGGCAACUUUGGGAGAGUUUCCUAUGGCUUGUUCCAAGCAUCAGAUGAAAUUCAACAAACUUUCUCAAUAAAUGAAGUCACAGGAGAAAUACGACUGAAAAAGGAAUUGGAUUUUGAAAAGAUUAAAUCUUACCACGUGAAAAUCGAGGCCACAGAUGGAGGAGGUCUUUCUGGGAAGGGAGAGGUGGUGAUAGAGGUGGUGGAUGUGAACGACAAUGCCCCAGAGCUGACCAUAUCUUCACUGACAAGCUCAGUCCCAGAAAAUGCUCCUGAGACCAUAAUCAGCAUCUUCAGAGUUGGAGACAGGGAUUCUGGAGAGAAUGGAAAGGUUGUUUGUUCUAUUCCAGAAAACCUGCCAUUCAUCCUAAAAUCCACUUUCAAGAAUUUCUACACUCUGGUGACAGAGAGUCCACUGGACAGAGAGAGCAGAGCUGAGUACAACAUCACCAUCACAGUCACCGACAUGGGCACACCCAGGCUCACAACCCAGCACACCAUAACUGUGCAGGUGUCUGACGACAACGACAAUGCCCCCGCUUUCACCCAAACCUCCUACACCCUGUUUGUCCAGGAGAACAACAGCCCCGCCCUGCACAUAGGCACCAUCAGUACCACAGACUCAGACUCAGGCUCCAAUGCCCACAUCACCUACUCUCUCCUGCCCACCCAAGACCCGCAACUUGCUCUAUCCUCGCUCAUCUCCAUCAACGCUGACAACGGACAGAUUUUCGCUCUCAGAGCACUGGACUAUGAGACCCUGCAGACCUUCGAGUUCCAGGUGGGCGCCAUUGACCAAGGCUCUCCUGCGCUCAGCAGCCAGGCACUGGUGCGUGUGCUGGUGCUGGACGCCAACGACAAUGCGCCCUUCGUGCUCUACCCGCUGCAGAACGCCUCUGCACCCUGCACAGAGCUGCUGCCCAGGGCGGCAAAGCCAGGCUACCUGGUCACCAAGGUGGUGGCAGUGGACCGCGACUCUGGACAGAAUGCCUGGCUGUCCUUCCAGCUGCUCAAGGCCACACAACCCGGGCUGUUCAGCGUGUGGGCUCACAAUGGCGAGGUGCGCACCUCCAGGUUGCUGAGUGAGCGCGAUGCUUCCAAGCACAGGCUGCUGCUGCUGGUCAAGGACAAUGGAGAUCCUCCAAGGUCUGCCAGUGUCACUCUGCAUGUGCUGCUGGUGGAUGGCUUCUCUCAGCCCUACCUGCCUCUGCCAGAGGUGGCGCACGACCCCGCGCAUGACAAUGAAGAUUUGCUCACAUUGUACCUGGUCAUUGCCUUGGCUUCUGUGUCUUCCAUCUUCCUCUUGUCUGUGCUGCUGUUCGUGGGGGUGAGGCUGUGCAGGAGGGCCAGGGCGGCCUCUCUGGGUGGCUGCUCUGUGCCUGAGGGACACUUUCCUGGUCACCUGGUGGAUGUCAGCGGCACUGGGACCCUGUCCCAGAGCUACCAGUAUGAGGUAUGUUUAACUGGGGACUCUGGGACUGGUGAGUUCAAGUUCCUCAAACCUAUGAUCCCAGAGCUGUUGGUUCAGGAUCCUGGGAGAGAACUUAAAGAAAAUCUCCACUGCAGGGAUAGCUUUGUGUUCAGCUGAAUCGUAGGUUCUCAACCUAUGGAUCUGGACCCCUUCUGGAUAUGAAUGACCCUUUCACAGGGGUUGCAUAUCAGAUAUUUACAUUAUGAGUCAUAACAGUAGUAAAAUUACAGUUAUGAAGUAGCAACAAAAUAAUUUUAUGGUACCAGGUCACCACAACAUGAGGAAAUGUAUUAAAGGGUCACAGUAUUAGGGAGGUUGAGAACCACCGAACUAAGUAAUAUGAACUCCUAAGUGUUGUACAAUUCUUACCUUUUAAGAAUGAUCUUUUAACGAAGUUCUCCACUGGUCUAACCUGCUUGCAUCCUUAAUUGCACUGAUAGUUUCUUUUUUAUUGGCAUGAAGGUACUAGGCUUUUAGUUGUACUAAGCAUAUUUCAUAUAUUUCUCCACAUAUGGGUAUCACUUGGUGAUUAAUACUCCCACCACCCUAAAUAACCCAAACAGCAUAAUGUUUUCUUUGAAUUAUACACCUAAAUGAUCUUCUGAGACAUUUGACUGCUCUCAAAAUAUGGUACAAUUCAUACAAAUUUGUGGCUCCUGCCCUUUCCAUGUAAUUUCAUCUUUUCAAAGAUUGAUUGUUUAAAAUUACUUAUGUUGACUGGUUCUUUCUGCAUGAAUGGAAAGCCACAUUACAUCAUGUUCACUUUCAGGCUAAGUGCCUUGAAUAGUCAAUUCAUAAAAUGUAAAGUGUAUAUCAAUGUACACAAGGGUUGUGACACUUUUUGUUUGUGAAAAUCAUGCAUGCUAAGGGUCCUAUUUACUUGGUUGCAAGUAUUCUGGAAAUAACACUGCUAAAGUUUUGAAUUCUUAUUUGAUGAAAAAU